CCAUCACAGACUCUCCAACCUCCUGACGAAGUGCAAAUCUGGACCUCCUGAUAGCACCUUGUGUGAAGGAGCGCCCAAGAAAGGAGAGGUGCACUGAGCACUUAGAAGCCCUGGGACUGACACAGUCUGGACAUCCUGCCAUUUUGUGAUGAGCGUGCCUCUUAAGAACCAACGACCAAGAGGAUGGUGGCAAUGAGGCCAUAGAAUCCAGAAGACGAGGGUGGCCAGGAAAGAACCACCAUGGAGUCCCGCAUUAAGGAGAAUCCAGACAGAAUAUUUGAAGGAUUUUUUGACGUUUUGUGCCCAACAGCUCAGGACAAAGAUCCAGAACUGAAAAGACAAUUUCCCGAGCAUUUUGACGACCAGGACUCCGUAAUCACUCUGACAAAGUUCUGCUUCCCCUUCAAUGUGGAGAGAUGGCAGAACCCAUCCGUCCAGCACUUCAGCUUCACUCUGACCGAUCUUCAGGGCUACCAGCGCUUUGGCUUCUGCCGUCUGUCUGUCAACGCCAAGAACUGCACUUGUAUCCUCAGCUGUCUGCCAUGGUUUGAACUGUUCUACAAACUUCUCAAUAACAUCGCCGAGCACCUAGUGAAGGAUCAGGUCUCUGAGGUGACUGACCUCCUGCAGACGCUGUAUGACCACCCCAUACCUGAGGUGAACAAACCUCCCAGCAUAGAAAUGUUUUCCUAUUUUGUUGUUCCGGAUCUUACGAAACUUCCAUCAAUACCAGAAAACAGAAAUCUCACAGAGUUCCUGGUGGCUGUGCCGGUGGACACAAUGCUGCAGUUGUACGCCAGCUUGUUGUGCGAAAGACGGAUCCUCAUAACUUCUAGCAAACUCAGUACACUUACGGCCUGUGUCCAUGCCUCAGCAGGUCUCCUGUAUCCCAUGUACUGGCAGCAUAUCUACAUCCCUACACUACCGCCUCAUCUCCUGGAUUACUGUGGUGCCCCCAUGCCCUUCUUGAUUGGUGUCCACAGCAGUUUAACGGAGCAAGUGAAUCUGGGAGUACUGGAAGAUGUUGUAGUAUUCAAUAUGGACACAAACAACUUGGAGACGCCUUUUCAGGACUUGGACAAUCUUCCCCAACAUGUGGUCUCACUGCUGAAACUGCGGCUGACGAAACAGUCGACGUUGAUGGGUGACGGGGUGUCACAUGCGUUCCUUGGUGCCCAGGCUCUGCUGUUUGGCAGCUACAGGGAUGCCCUCAUCUGUACCCCGGGGGAGCCCAUUUCUUUCUGCCAGGACACGUUUCUGAACAAUAAGUGCAGCUCGAUGAGGACCUUCUUGCAGGACGCUGUGCACCUGCAGCUCUUCACUCAGUUCAUCGACAGUCGGCUGGAGAAGCUGAACUCCGGAGAAGAAUUCACAGACGUGUUUGAGCAGGAGGUUACGAGCUGCGGCCUGUCAGGGGCCUCCAAAUCUUAUCAGAUGUGGCUGGAAAACCUCAAGAAAGGAGGCGGCACUUUGAUCAAUAACGUGAAGAACCGCGCCCACCCCACAGUCAGGAACAUGCUGCGAUACGCCAAGGGACAAGCGAGAACAGGUCUGCAGGGAAUGAAGCGACGCAUCAAACACAAGGAUCAUCAGAUGCAGCGUGUUGGUUCAUUCAAAGCGGACAUUUCUCCUACCAAGAACCACGAGAAAUUACAGAAUCGGCUGCCCAUUACACAGCACUUUGGACAGUCUCGUCCCAGGAGACCGGGAAAGAAGUUCACAGAAGGAGAGAACUGGGAAAGCCAAAAAUAUGGUGAGGAAGGAAAAGAGGUGGAUCCUGGACCAGGUGAAGACGACUUCCCUCUUCUAGAUGAGGGCAUGGAUCUACUGAAUGAAAUUUUUGAGACCCUAAGUACAAGAGCUCCAGCUGAGGGACAUGCGUUAUAUGGUGCGCACAGCUUAGACUGCUUCAACCUAGAUGACAGCGGAUACUUUACUCGGUUCCAGUCUUUAUGUGCUCCUAGUGAUGAGGACCUGCAGUUGAGUUUGAGUCAGCCACGAACUUCCAACCUUUGGUACCUGCAAGAAGUGGAUGAGGGAUCAGUAGACUACAAAGAACCUGAGGUCUCUUUAUCAACAUCUGAGAGCAUGUUGAAUGCCUCAGAAACCAUGGAGGAGACGUUGCCCAUUCAAGAAGACACUCCAGAGACAAUACAGGACACUGCAAGGCCGUCAGUGUCGACUGUCCAGAAUCCAGAGCCGUCUUCUACCCUUCCAGAGAUUACUGUGCAGCCUUCAGAGGUUACACCAGCAGUUCCUCAGGCUAAUUUGCCAAUUCCUUUAGUCGAACCAGAGCAAGAUGUCAUUUCUCCAGUUCCCAUCUUGAUUGAAGAGUCCAUAAAGCAGAAAGAGGUCUUACCUGAGGAGCCUAGUAUGACCAGACAGGUUACAAGGGUCACAAACACUCCAAGUGGAACUCCCCUUAUUGUUUAUGGACCAAAUGUCCGCUCAGCUAUCUCUUGUUUUCAGGCUGGUCCCAUUGACCCGAGGUUGGUAUGGACUGGGACUAAGAAAGAAUCGAUAGAGGCGCAAAGAGUAGGUGGUCAUAACUGGUCGUUUAAUACAAGGCCUAUCUCACAAAACUACUGCAGCCCAAAAUCAAGCGCCUCUACUUAUAAUAUACGCCCCGUUUUCCUUAGGACUCAGAGCACACCAAAGCUAAAUGUACCCAAAAGCCCCACAUCAAACGUCCCUCAGCCCAUUAUACAUUUGGAUGGCGAUGUCGGAGAUGAACCACCAAGCAAAGCUUUGUCUCCACAACCUAUUGGCCUGGGCGUGACUUCUCUUCCCAAAGUUUCAGAGUUGAAGAAGAAAUUUGAAAGUUAAAGUGGUUGACCUCAACUAGACAAAGGCCUUUUACUAUGAAGCCGGCCUGAUGGUUAGCAGAUUGGCAUGAGCACGGUUUCUGAAACCUCCAGCGAACAUCAGAUCUUGCCACAAGAAGUUGUGGUCAGCCAAUACUAUUAAAUGCCAACUGUCCAAAUCAAUGGGAGACAAUGUUCUCCAACCUAUGGCUUUGAGACAACCCCGUUUAAAGGGGUUUUCCAGGAUUAGAACACCAUAGCUUUUUUCCCCACCUGUCCACAGGUCAUAUGUGGUAUUAUAGUUCAUCGUCCACAUUCACUUCAAUGGAGCUGAACUGCAGUACUAGACAUAAUCUAUUGACAGGUUUGGCACGGUUUCUAGGGAGAAAACAUGUAUUUCUAGAUCUACACAACCCCUUUACGAGGCGUCUGCUUAUAUGGUACCAAAGAUUUGUGACUUUUGCUUCUGAUGAAAUACUUAAGGGGUUGUCCCACAAAAAAAUAUUCUACAGAUUUCAAAACAGCACCUGGAUCUGAAUACUUAUGUAACGGCAUGUAAUUAAAAAUGUAUUAUA